AUGAGGAACAUUGCGAAAAUGUGUUCACCAGGAUAUUUAGGUCGGAAUUGUACACAGAUAUGUCCGUACCCUAACUAUGGUUUAGAGUGCCAAGGGAAAUGUGAUUGCGAAGAGAGACUAUGUGACAUCGCAACAGGCUGCUAUUCUGUCUCGGAUGGAUGUAGGACAGGUUACUAUGGAGAAAGAUGUAUGUUUAAAUGCAGAGUACCAGUGUAUGGAAAACAUUGUCAACAAAUCUGCCAGUGUGAUGAAUCUAUCUGUCAUUACAUUACCGGCUGUCCAGUAAAGGAAGCUACAGCUAGUUUUGGUGUUGAAACAUCCACAUCAAUGUUCUCCUCAAUUUCGAAGGAAGAAGUUAAAGUCGUUCCUAUACUGGUUCUAAUAUUAUCUAUAUCUCUCGCGGCAGUCGUUACCAUUUCAUUUGCUCUCAUAAUUGCAAUCUGUCGACGCAUGAAAUCAACAAAUGACAAUUGUCCAUCUGCCGAUCAACAGACCGAAGCUGGCGAAUACAUCGAUACACGAGAUGCUAUUUUGUCCAGUCAACAGUACAGUGCCCCAUGUCGUAGUCCCAGCAAACCAGUUCAAAAAAGUUCUAUCAAGAUGGAAGCUCGGAAAAGUUCAGUCAGUACUAGGUGCUCCUCAUCGGCUAAUUACUAUGAAUCUGUUGAGUUUGGCUCUCUUAAGAAAAGCGAUGAAUACAGCGAAAUAAAAGAAGAUACCAACGACCAAGAUUCCCAUCCCAAUGAGAACAGACUAGAACAUUCCAGUCAUAUUGAAAUGAACACAUAAAUAGCAAGGAUCUUUUUGGCUCUGUGAAUUUCUUAAGUCAAAACUGCUUAUGACUUAAUUUUCUCUCUAGCCAAUGUGUUAUGACGUCAUAAAAUGCGUCAUUUUCCCCAUGUCAUGUUAGUUUCCUUUAUAAUGGCCACGAAAUGAAAGAUUCUUUUUCAAAAUGUCAUUCAUAGCAAAACCACUGAUCAAAAUAUGCAAUAACAUAAGAUAACAGACUGUAAGAUCAUUCAGUGAAGAACAUAAACAUUUUUUUUAUUUUUUGGAUCGAGGACUGUGCUCAUAUUUUAGUUUUAUUCUGAAGGUUGUCAAAUACGCCAUUUUCUGCAAAAUUUUAGAACAUUGCAUUUGCACUACGCCUGAUUUCCAAUAAAUGUCAAGUAUCUUUUCUCAUUUUUUUAAAUGAAACCAUAGAGUCUUUACUUUAUUUUGAUACGUGUAUAUGAAAUUGAACAAGGGAGGAGUGUCAAUUGAUCGACAUAAAAG